CAAUUAAAACACAACAACCCAGUUCAGCAACACAACUGCCGAAUCCGUCGCUGUUGGCUUGUCUUUCGGAGGCCCUCAGCGAGAACGCAUUGAAUCUUCCUAUCUGAACUGACGAAGCAAACCGUCAACAUGGCCGACUCCCUUACCGAAGAACAGGUCUCUGAGUUCAAGGAGGCUUUCUCCCUGUUCGACAAAGACGGUGAUGGACAAAUCACAACCAAGGAGCUGGGCACCGUCAUGCGCUCGCUUGGUCAGAACCCUUCCGAGUCGGAGCUGCAAGACAUGAUCAACGAGGUCGACGCCGACAACAACGGCACCAUUGACUUCCCGGAGUUCCUCACCAUGAUGGCGAGGAAGAUGAAGGACACCGACUCGGAGGAGGAAAUCCGCGAGGCGUUCAAGGUGUUCGACCGCGACAACAACGGCUUCAUCUCGGCGGCCGAGCUGCGUCAUGUGAUGACGUCGAUCGGAGAGAAGCUCACCGACGACGAGGUUGACGAGAUGAUCCGCGAGGCCGACCAGGACGGCGACGGGCGCAUUGACUACAACGAGUUCGUCCAGCUUAUGAUGCAGAAGUAAACGCUCUUCUCACAACAUCUCAACACUGAUGCCCUUUACGAACCAAUGCGCCUUCUCUUUCGGAUUUGCUCGAUUCUGGAUGGAUGGAUGGAUCCUAGGUAGCUUCUGGAAGCUUUUUGCGCAGGGUUUGAUCUUCCGGCGCAAGAGACCAUCUUGCUGUCCCAUUGGGCGUUAUGCUUCAAGAUAUCUCCGCUCUUCGCUGUUCAAGGGAUGGGUGAUAAUGAGAGCCACGUUUGAAUGGGGCCA